AUGGGCCUCUCACGCGGCGUGGCAGGCCUUUCGUCUGCUCUCCUUCGCACCGUCGUCUACAUCUUCCUGCGGUGGAUUCCCGGUCGGUUCGGGCCCUACUUGAUUCCCGCCUUCUUCGCCCUCUACUCUUGGUACACCUACUUCAUCACCCGCGCGAUCCCUCGCCGUCCUUCUACGCCAGCCGAAGCGGCGCUCGUACCGAAGGAGGAAGCACCGUCGUUCGCCGAGGUCGUCGCCGGAGGAAAGCCGGACGAGGAGGACAAUGUCGUUCAUGAGCAACAUCCGCAUGUCAAGCCCGAUCCCGACGUGCCAGCUGGUGCAAGCCUUGCGACGGGAACGAGCGGCGGAUCCCUCUCGAAGCGCCAGAAGAAGAACCGCAAGAGGGCCCUCAACGACCCCUUGUCGCUCCUCCCGUCCGCGUCCGACUCUGAACCCGGCAGCCCGACUUCGCCGCACCUCAACCGCCGUCAGAGGCUCCCUCGCAACCGUCCUCUGCCCAAGACGAGUCUCGGCCAGCUCGUCAACAACCUCGUCUUUGGCACCCCGACCACGACCUCGCGCUUCCUGAACAUUGUCUCCUGGUCUGCGAAUGCCCUGCUCUUCGCCCUCGCAACCGACUUCAUCUGGACACCUAUCUUCGGCAUGGACCACACGGAUCUCGCCUUCGUCCGCGUCGGCGCCGUCUCGCACACCUCGGUCAAGCUCGUCGCUCGCAUCCCGCCUUCGUCUUCGCUCCUCGUCCAGCCGCCCAUCGUGGCGGGUGUGGUACCCGCAAAUAACUCGGAGCCGGCGAUUGAGGGCUUCUUGCCGGAGGACGAGUUCGUUGGCGCGAAGGUCGUCUACAGGCCGACCAAGCCGCUCGGCAAGUGGAUCCAGGGACCCGAGAUUCGCACGAAGGAGGUGGACGACUGGGUCUCGACGGUCAAGGUCGACGGCUUGUGGGCAUCGACCGAGUACGAAUACCGCCUCCUCCGCCCGUCUCUUGAGACUUCGCACCACCCGGCCUUCCCGCACUCGCAGCACUUCACAACGUUCUCCGACCCCGCUCUGUCCGCCGCAGGCCCAUCGAGCGAGGGAACGCAUUACGUUUUCGCUUCCUCGUCCUGCAUCAAGCCCGGCUUUCCCUACACCGGUCCGCACCACAAGCUCGAGACGAAGGGAGCAAAGGAGUUCCUCAAGAUCGCCGAGCGUGUCGGCGUCAAGUUCAUGCUCUUCCUCGGCGACAUCAUCUACAGCGACGUGCCGUGGUACGCUGGCAAGAGCGUCGAGCGGUACUUCAAGCACUACCGCCAGCUGUUCUCGUCGCCCGAAGUCAAGGCCAUGGUCGAGAAGAUCCCUUUGAUCAGCAUUUGGGACGACCACGAGAUCCACAAUGACUACGACUCGAACGUCACCUCGCCAGCUUACGCGCCGGCCAAGCGCGCCUUCGAGAACUACAUCGCCAACGCCAAUCACGACCCGCUAGCCAAGGACGACAUUCACUUCGACUUCCGAGUCGGCGAUUCGGCCUUCUUCGUCUGGGACACUCGUACGUACAGGAGCGAUAACGCCAAGGAGGAUGACGAGUCCAAGACGAUGCUUGGCGAGCGGCAGAAGGAGGAGUUCUUCAACUGGGUCGCGCGGGUCAAUCAGACGGUCACCUGGAAGUUCGUCGUCUCCUCCGUCCCGCUCAUGUCGCUUUGGGGUCACGGCGAGGAUACCUGGGCAGCCUUCCUCACCGAGCGCGACGCGAUCCUCGACGUCCUCGAGCACGUCCCGAACGUCAUCGUCUUGUCGGGAGACAGGCACGAGUUCGCCGCCGCCAGCUUGCGCAACACGGUCACCGAGUUCUCGACGUCGCCGAUGAACAUGUUCUACCUGCCGAUCCGCACGCUGUCGCAAAAGCACGGCCGCGGGCCUACCGGCGAAGAUGCCCUGCUGAAGUACCUUCCCGACGGCAAUACCAAGUUCACGACUUUCGAGGUGGACACGCGCACGGCCAACAAGCCCGUCGUCCGCGUCAAGGUGUACAUCGACGGUGACGAGGCGUGGAGCGUCGACGUCCUUGGUCAGCCUUUGCCGCGUGCACUCGGUCGACGGGGCGCAGACGCGGUCGAGGGAGCUGUCGGAAGCUUGGGCAAGGGCUUGAGGGAGCUUGUCGAGUGGAGUCGCGCGUGGGUGAGGAGGAGCUGGUUCUCGUAG